AUGAAAAGUGUCAAAACAGUAUCAUUGUGCAUUUGCAUUCUAUCAGUGACAGCGCGGUUUUUUGUUAAGGAAACUCAGGCAUAUUAUUUUUUUGAUCAAAAGCCAAUUAUUGCUAGUAAAAGCAAGCAGCAACAACACCAUGAACAACAGCAUGCAACGGAGGAAUGGAACUAUGACUAUUACAACGACGAUGAUUUUAGCAAAGCCGAUCCAUUCGACAAUGACAAUCCAUUAAAGACUCGGCAACAGAUACGCAAAGAUCUGGGAACUCUGCCAGAUUCAUACCUUUUAACACCAAGAGAGAAACAAAAAUACAUACAAGAUGCAUUCGUUUUUUCAUGGGAAGGAUAUAAAAACUACAGUUGGGGGUAUGAUGAGAACCGACCCGUCAGUAAUGGUCCCCGAAAUACAAGAAAUGGUUGGGGAGCGACGAUCGUUGAUGCCUUGGAUACGUUGUAUAUUAUGGGGAUGCAUCAUGAAUUUAGAGCAGCGCAACGUUUUGUCGCUCGAAUAGAUUGGGAUAGACUUAUCAGUAAUGACGAGCCUGUACAAUUAUUCGAAACUGUCAUACGAUACGUCGGAGGACUUUUAUCGGCAUACGAAUUGUCGCAUGAGAAUGUAUUUAUAACCAAAGCGGUAGAGUUAGUGGAACGUUUAUUACCAGCUUUUGAUACGCCUACAGGAAUACCCUAUCAAUACGUUGAUUUUACCACAGGCGAGCCCGUUAAGAAUGAGGUAGUUUGUUUAGCAGAGAUAGGCACUAUACAAAUAGAAUUCACGAGACUUUCACAGAUCACUGGCAAUUGGAAAUAUCAUAAUAUAGGCCAACGUGUUUAUGACACAUUUGUAAAUAAGGAUAUUAGAAGGUUUGGUUUAUUUCCUCACCUUAUAAAUGUUAAAUCCGGUGAACCAGUCGGAAAUCACAUCACCUGGGGUGGAAUGGGAGACAGUUUUUAUGAGUAUCUCAUAAAGCAAUUGGUGAUUGCCAAAGGCAAAGAUCCUGCCAAAUGGCAAAUGGUAUCAGAGGUUAUCUCUAGUUUGGAAAACUACCUGUUGGUAGACUCUCCGUCAGACCGUCAUGCAUCCUUCCUUGCUUUGUUGGAGUCCGAUGAACAGGUUCUUCAAAUGGAUGAACUGGCAUGCUUUGCACCAGGAACUUUACUACUAUUAGCACGCACUUUUCCACGAGAAUAUGGCAACAUAGAAACAAUAGCGACAAGGCUGAUGAACGGCUGCUAUAGUGCUUGGGAUUUGACGGCCACGGGAUUGGCACCGGAAGUAUUUUCUUGGGCUCAACCCGACCCUGAUAUUGGUGACAGUGACACUGAUGGCAACGAUCGGAAGAAACCAGCUGUCUAUCCAAUCCAUCCUUCCUAUAUCUUACGUCCAGAAACAAUAGAAUCAUUAUAUUAUUUCUAUGUGUAUACUCAUGAUCCUAUUUACCAAGACAUGGCGUGGGACAUAUUUAGUUCAAUGUACACUUACUGCAAAGCAAAAUCAGGCUAUUCCGGGGUUACACGAGUAGAUGUCCCAACAAAGACAUGGGAUGAUCGUGAAGAAAGCUUCUUCUUUGCAGAGACCCUUAAAUAUCUCUACCUCAUCUUUGAUGACCCAAAACAUCCGCGAUUUCCUUUUGAUAAAUGGGUUUUCAAUACAGAAGCACAUCCUCUCAGAAUGGAAUCCAACUUGGUCCCAACAACAGAAUCUUCUAAUACCCGCAAUGCCUGGAAACUGUAUCAACAACAAUGA